AUGGCUUCUCCACACGCCUGGAUCGCGGCGCGCCUGGGGCUGAGCCUGCGGGCCACCACCGGGCUCUUCUUCGUGGUGUGUGUGGCCUCCAUCUGGGUGGCAGCCAGCUUCGUGGUCCAGGACAUACAGGCGGCUGGCGCCAAGCCCGCGGUGCUGACCUACAUCGCCAACAGUCUGUUCGCCCUGUACCUGCCCCUGUACUACUUCAAGGCCUGGCUGAGCGGCCGUGCCGGGCGACUGGCAGCUGGGCUGCCACAUGAUGAAGAGGAGCGGGGCAGGCUCGUGGCGACACGGGCGGCCCCGGAGCGGGUAUUGCUCGAUGGGCCGCCGGGCCUCGAGGGGGGUGCCCAGCAACGGCAUGCGCUGCUGGUGGUGGAGGAGGCUGCGCCCGCGCAGAUCACAGCCUGGCAGACCUUCAACGCCUCGGUGGUGGUCGCGCCCGUGUGGUACCUGGCUCAGUUCACCUUCAACGCCUCCCUGCUCUCCACCUCCGUCACCAGCAACACCCUCAUCUCCUCCACCUCCGUGCUCUUCACUUACCUACUCAGCGUCGCGCUGCUCUCCGAGCGCUAUACGCUGCGCAAGCUGGGCUGCAUCGCCCUGCUCAUCCUGGGCACCGCCGGCGUGGCGCUGGCCGACGAGCUGGCUAGCCCCGACGCCGCGGCGGCUCGGGGCAGCCUGCUGGGCGACGCGCUGUGCCUGCUGAGCGCCCUGCUCUACGGCACCUACACCGUGGCGAUUCGCAGGAUGCUGGGCGAGGACGAGACGACGAGCGUGCUGCUGUUCUUCGGGUACAUGGGCAGCAUCAUCUUCGUCUGCGGCGCAGCGUUGGGCCUGGUCGCGCUGCUCGCUGGCGCCGGGCUGGGCACGCUGACUUGGCCCGUCUUCUGGGCCAUCGUGGCCAAGGGCUUGCUGGACAAUGUGCUCUCCGACUACCUGUGGGCCAGAGCCAUCCUUCUCAUCGGCCCCACCCUGGCGACGGCGGGGCUGUCCCUCCAGAUCCCACUGGCCGUGACAGCCGACGCUCUGUUCAGGUCCCCCGCCUGGCUGCGUGCCUUUUGGCCACUGUUGCUCACGGCCGCGGGGGGGCUGACCAUCCUGGUCGGCUUCCUGGCAAUGACCCUGGUGCCUGCCAGGCCGCCAGCCCAGGAGCUCCCCGUCGCAGAGAUGACGCGUGACCCCUCCCCUAAAGCCCCCGCCCGAUGA